AUGGAUCAAGUUAUAGUGAAGGCCUCUGAUAUGGGCGAUGAGAUGCAGCAGGAGGUGUUCCGCAUCGCUGAGGAAGCCAUGCGAGAGCACACGCUAGAGCGGGAGAUUGCGAGUGUGAUCAAGAAAGAGAUGGACUCCCGGUAUGGCCACACCUGGCAUGUCAUUGUGGGUAGGAGCUUCGGCAGCUACGUUACGCAUGAGAAGGGCAAGUUUGUGUACUUCUAUGUGGGACCUCUGGCGCUGCUGGUGUUCAAGACAUAA